AUGCCGUACGACACCCGUCGCAAGUCACUCUCGUUGCCCUCGCUCGGCAUACACGUCCCGUCGUCGAAUCCCCGGACCAACAAGUCGCCUGCGAACCACAGCAGCACAACACCCAGCACCAUGUCGCCCAAGUCGAGGCGCUCGUUAUCAUCAGUAUCAGAGGACGACAACUCGCGUCCGAGCAAAAAGGCCAAGAAGUCGCACGGCCAGGACGCUUCCAAGCCAGCGACCUCGAAAGCCUCGAAACCAGCCAAGAAUGAGACAACACCCCCGCCGUCGCCGGGACUCCACAUGUCGAUUGAACUCGACGACACCGAGUCCUCCGGGGUAGCCGACACGAAGAAAGUUGAUUUGGAGGGUAUUCACGAUGAAAUAGUCGAGGCUGUUAUUGUGCGCCUGCAAGAGUCGAGGAACCGCCCUCACCUGGUCAAGGAUCUGGCCACCGUCUUGGUCGACCAAGUCAAGAUAGUCCAACAGUCGGCAAACCCGUGCGCAAUCAUCUCCUCGCGCCUGUCAGGCUACCUGAGGCGCUCCUGUUGGUCUGCUCUGGCUCCUUGCCCCCUCGCCAAGGAGCUCGAGACGGUUCACCCGAGACGAACUUACUUCUACUUGACGACCUGCCCACACCAGCCUCUCCCUGACCCAUCCUCUGUUCAGCGCUCGAUGGCUACCCCCGAACUGUCGAGCUCGACGUCGACAACCGAGGAUGCCGAGAGUGCCGACAACGACCGAAGGAGAGAGCUCAGUCUCUCCCCCGAGGUAGACCUUUCAUCGCCCGAGUUCGAUGAGAUGGACGAGGAUGUUCAGAUGCCCGGUACACCCAUCGGGUCUGUCUCGCUGUCUGGCCGGCCGCGUGUGUCGUCCAUGUCGCGCAACCAGAAGGACGAGCCUCCGUUGGAGAAGGAUGAGAGGGAGUUUACUCAGACUGCAGAUGGUCUGCAGAAGCGGAAGCUGAGCGGGUCUUUACUGUCCGUCAACCCUGUCGAAAAUAUGGAUGUGUACGAUGGCAUGCAAAACGACGCCUUGUUUGGCGAACCAAGAGGCCUCAACCUCGCUCCCGGUUUGCUGCCACACAUGGCCUAUAUGACCAGCCCGGCGAUGCGGCCCAGUUUCGCCAUGCCACCGAAGAAGGAUGGCGAAGCAGAAGGCUGGUCCAAGCUCGACGCCAUGUUAGACUGGGACAGGAGCCCCGAGACAAUUGAGCUCGACGAGCUCGACUGUCUCUUGAACGACUACUAG